GCGAGUGGACGAAAGGGAUUUUGAUAACACUUCUACACUACGCAGUUGGAAUCAUUGAGCUCUCUCCUAACUGGAGUGUGAACAACUGUAGGAAGAAGUAGAGGCGACGGAGGUCCGAGAGAAAUGCAAAAUGGGUGGUUCCGGUAUUAUCCUAUAGCAAAUUUAUUUGUAGAGGGGGAACAAACGUACGCCGUAACAUAACCUACCCGAGCAUCGCUGAGCAUUGUCGAGUGAGUUACUUUCAGAUUCAUUUUCGCAUAAAAUUGGAUAAAUACAAUAUAAAUUGAAUUGUGACAAAUAAUAAAAUUUAGCUCCAUACUAAAUUGUAUAUAUUUGUAUGAUCUAAAUCAUGGUAUCUAAAUUAUGUAUACUAUUUCAUUAUUAUGUAAUUAUUAUUAAUGUUUCUAUCGUUUUAUAUAUAAAUAAAAAGGAAAUAAAAUUCAAAUCUGUACAUAAUUAAUCUGUAAAUAAUUUCUGGAGUGCCACGAAAUUCAAACAAAGAGGAGUCUGUUCUCCUUCCACACAUAACUUUGCUAUAGGAUAGUACCACCGGAACCACUCAUCUUGCAUCUCUCUCGGACCAGCUUCUCUCUCGCAGUACACACUCCAGUUAGGAUACAGCUCAAUGGUUGGAACUCCUUAUGGGAGUGGACUCCCGGGCCUUGUAUGCGCUCGUACGCACUCACACAGCUCCACAUCACUGUAUACGUACACGGAACUGCAAGGGCUGCGUAUUGUCCUAUUUUUGUCUCGACAAUGCAAAUUUGACACCUCUCAUUAGUCGUUUCCGUUAGAUAAAUGUUCAAACUUGUGCACAAGCUCCUAUAGGUAGUCUACUUUUGCUUUUAUGUGUCAUAAUUAAUAAUAUUCAGAAGUAUUUCGCGAUCAAAAGAAGCAAUAUGGUGGUGUGACAGUGCUGCCGCGUUGUCUGAACUAACGCUGCUGAAACAUACGCUGCUGAAUAUUGUUAAUUAUGACACAAAAAAGCAAAAGUAGACUACCUAUAGGAACUUGCGCACAAGUUUGAACAUUUAUCUAGCGGAAACGACUAUCGAGAGGUCUCAAAUUUGCAUUGUCGAGACAAAGAUAGAACAAUCGCAAGCCCUUGCAGUUCCGUGUACGUAUACAGUGAUGUGGAGCUGGUAAGUGCGUACGAGUGCAUACAAGGCAUGGGAGUCCACUCCCUUAUCUUCGACCAUAUAUAUACAUGAAUUGCUGAAGCCUACUCUUUAUACACUGAGCAGGGCCCCCAAGUUCUACUCUUGUGACCAUGAAGCCCGAUUUAAUUCGAGCCCGCAAGGUUUGGCAGCGCCAGUGUCACUCUUUUACCCAUAUUUGGUUACUGGGAUCUACUACGAACAUACGAACGUUUUCAAUUGUUUCGAAGCUAACCGCACCAUCGAACGUAAUCGAUAAUUCAACCAUUGGAAUACAUUGGAACGAUUGGAUGAAUUUCAAGGAUUUUACCGAAGACAUGAAUGAUAAAAAACGAUGCCACAAAGUAUUUGCAAUCAUCGGCUGCAACGGCAGCAAGAAACGCAUGUUCACGUUCCCAUGUCUGCUGAAGGACAAAGACAGGUGCUUGCAGUGGAUAACACUGUCAAGAAAGGAGGAUUUUCUCCAGCUUCUCCCAAAGGUAGUGAGGAACAAAGUGUUAUACGAUAUUCACUUUGAAAAUCGCUACCGUUUUACAAAGAACCACACGAGGGAUGCACUACCAACCUGCAACUUACCAGCACCUGCUGCAUCUGCCAAGCCACAGGAGGAAACUGGAAUGGAAAUUAAAGAAGAAGAAGAACAUAAGUUUUUGAUCUCUAUACAUAUGAUAAAAUAAUACCCAUAAAAAACUUCAAAAAAGUAAAAAAAUUACGCCAAAUACAUGAAAAAGUGGAGGACUCAAGGAGUUAUCAUAGAAAAAUAAAA